GCCAGACGCCGAGCCCACGCGCGCCUACUAGGGCAAGUGGGAGCAGGGCAAGCGGGCGGACACCCUAAGGUGCCCGGACUGGCGGGGCUGGACAAGGGAGGGGGCGGAGGGCGGCGCUGAGCUGGGAGGACGGGAAGGGUGCCCCAGGUGGCCGUCCUCACCCGGGAGCUCCACGCGUCGCCUUUCUUCGCACCGUGCUGAGGCAGGAGCUGCUUGAGCCCGGAGAAGGGCCCAGCGAGCCAAAUCCCCUGGAGAGCUGGGGAAGGCGAGGGGCUGACUUCCUUUCAGCAGCGGGAGGAGACCAAGUCCAGGUCCCCAGCCGAUUCGGGCAUUGGCGCGGUUAUGACCGGUUGCAGUAGACACAGGACACCUCCUGGCUAAAGGUGUAUUCUUGCGCUUCAGGGAUCCUUCCCGUCCCGCAUCCCUACCCCUCUCAUAACUCCCCCAAGGGAACUGAGGUGUGAGUCCCCUUCCCAAGCAGCCCGAGACACGCGCUCGAGUGGGCGUCCCUGCGGUGGGAAUCUCCGAGUUUUUUCCGGGCCCCCGAAAGGGCCUGGAGAGACGGAGGUGCACCAGGAUCGGGUAGUGCUGGCUUUUCGGCUGCAAAGAACUCUUAGAUGAUGAUUCAGGGUGCAAAUGGCUUCGCUCGAAAUGUGAACGCCCGAACCAAACAACCAAAUCCCAACCAGGCAUUUGCAGAGCUGCGUGUCCGCGGGACGCAGGGACUCGAGGACAGCAAAUCCUGCGGGGGUGGUGGGGGAAGCGGCGUUGAGGCUGGAUCCUACGUAGGAUUCACGACCGAUUAGGGCACCCUGAGACGCAGCCCUCCCGGCUCCCGCCCCUCCCGCAUGCCUUCAAUUGCUCCAGGGCGCGUUCCCAAUGCCCGCAGGGGCCCCGGCACAGGCAAUUAUGGCCCUGCUCUCCCUCCCAGACACAGCUGUGCUGAGGAUGGGGACAGCCCUACUAAAUGGCCUUCUCCUUUCCUCCGCUUGCCAGCCCCGGCUCCGCGCGGUCUCUCGGCCUUGCACUUGGAAGCCCCGCCCAGGGCGAUGCUAGGGGCCUAACCUGCAGCCCUCCGCCGGCUCCGCCAAUCCAGCGCAUGGGCUCCCUGAGGCCAGCCCAGCCAACGGAAACGCGGUGGCCGCGAUGGCGGCGGACGUCUUGGGGGACGUGUACGUGCUGGUGGAGCAUCCCUUCGAGUACACCGGCAAGGACGGACGCCGCAUCGCCAUCCAGCCCAACGAGCGCUACCGGCUACUGCGCCGCAGCACGGAGUACUGGUGGCACGUGCGGCGCGAGCCCGGCGGCCGUCCCUUCUACCUGCCCGCUCAGUACGUGCGCGAGCUGCCCGCGCUGGGCGACCCCGCCGCCACCCCGCCACCGCCGGUGCCCCAACCGCGCCCCGCAGUCCCGGAGCCUCUGGCCUUCGACUACCGGUUCGUGAGCGCGCGGGCGCCCGCGGACCCCGACGGCGCCUCCGCCGAGCCUAGAGACCGUGCCAGCUCCCUGUGCGGCCCUGCGCGACUCCGCGCCGCCGGCCAUCGCAGCAGCCUGGCACCCGGGCAGCCCGCCUGCCUGUAUGUGCGGCCGGCGGCACCCGUGCGACCCGCGCAGUCCCUGGAUGACCUGGCGCGCGCCGCCAUCGCGCCCCCUGCCGGCCUCCUCGGGAGCGCGGGCCGCUUCAAGGCCUGCAGCGUGGCGGGCUCCUGGGUGUGCCCGAGGCCCCUGGCGCGCAGCGACUCCGAGAACGUCUACGAGGCCAUCCCGGACAUGCGCGACCCUCCGCGGGAGGACACCCUGGAGCAGGUGGACGAACCCCCGGAGCCCGUGUACGCAAACGUAGAACGGCAGCCGCGGGCCACUUCGCCCCACGCAGCCGCUGCUCCUCCAUCCGGCCCGGUGUGGGAGACGCACACGGACGCGAGCACCGGGCGCCCCUAUUACCACAAUCCCGACACGGGCGUGACCACCUGGGAGUCGCCCUUCGAGACUGCUGAAGGCGCCACUGGCCCGGCCACCUCCCCGGCCUCAGUGGGCAGCCAGGAGAGCCUUGAGGCAGAGUGGGGCCAGUACUGGGAUGAGGGGAGCCGCAGGGUGUUCUUCUACAACCCGCUGACGGGCGAGACAGUCUGGGAGGACGAGCCAGAGGAGGAGCCGGAGGAAGAGCCCCAGGAAGAGGCCGAGGAAGAGCUGGAGAUGCAGCCCUGCAUGAGUCCUGGCAGCCCCAGGGACCAGAGGCCCCCCACCCCUGAGACAGACUACCCCGAAUUGCUGACCAGUUACCCGGAAGAGGACUAUUUCCCCGUGGGUUCCUUCAGUGAGCCUGGCCCCACCUCUCCCUUAACUGCACCCCCUGGCUGGUCCUGUCACAUCAGCCCCGACAAACAGAUGCUCUACACCAACCACUUCACCCAAGAGCAGUGGGUGAGGUUGGAGGACCAGCAUGGGAAGCCAUACUUCUACAAGCCAGAGGACUCCUCUGUUCAGUGGGAGCUGCCCCAGGUCCCUGUCCCUGCCCCACGAAACAUCCACAAAUCCAGCCAGGACAGUGAUACCCCAGCCCAGGUCAGCCCUCCGGAGGAGAAGAUCAAGACUCUGGACAAGGCAGGGGUGCUCCAUCGCACCAAGACAGUGGACAAGGGGAAGCGGCUCCGGAAGAAGCACUGGAUUACCUCCUGGACUGUGUUGGAGGGUGGUGUCCUGACCUUCUUCAAGGACUCAAAGACCUCAGCUGCAGGUGGCCUGAGGAACCCUUCCAAGCUCUCCACCCCUGAGUACACAGUGGAGCUGAAGGGGGCCUCUCUCUCCUGGGCCCCCAAAGAGAAAUCCAGCAAGAAGAAUGUGUUGGAGCUGCGGAGCCGUGAUGGCUCAGAGUACCUGAUCCAGCAUGACUCAGAGGCCAUCAUCAACACCUGGCACAAGGCCAUCACCCUGGGCAUUGAGGAGCUGUCUGCAGAUCUUCCCCUGGGAGAGGAAAGUGAGAUCAGCAGCGCAGACUUCGGGUCUAGUGAGCGCCUGGGAAACUGGCAAGAGGAUGAUGCGCGCCAGAGUGCAGCACUGAGCACCGCGAGCGUGGAGAGCGACUUGAGUAGGGUCCGGCAUAAGCUCCGCAAGUUCCUACAGAGGAGGCCCACAAUGCAGUCGCUACGGGAGAAGGGCUACAUCAAAGACCAGGUGUUCGGCUGUGCACUGGCUGCCCUGUGUGAACGCGAGAGGAGCCCGGUGCCACGCUUUGUGCAGCAGUGCAUCCGCACGGUCGAGGCUCGGGGAUUGGACAUUGACGGGCUCUACCGCAUCAGUGGAAACCUGGCCACCAUCCAGAAGCUGCGCUAUAAGGUGGACCACGAUGAGCGUCUGGACCUGGACGAUGGGCGCUGGGAGGACGUCCACGUGAUCACGGGCGCCCUGAAGCUCUUCUUCCGAGAGCUGCCUGAGCCCCUUUUCCCCUUCUCACACUUCAGCCAGUUCAUCGCGGCCAUCAAGCUGCAGGACCAUGCCCAGCGCAGCCGCUGUGUGCGUGACCUGGUGCGCACCUUGCCCGCCCCAACCGACACGCUGCGGGUGCUCUUCCAGCACCUGUGCAGGGUGAUCGAGCACGGGGAGCAGAACCGCAUGUCGGUGCAGAGCGUGGCCAUUGUGUUCGGGCCCACAUUGCUGCGGCCUGAGACGGAGGAGACCACCGUGCCCAUGACCAUGGUGUUCCAGAACCAGGUGGUGGAGCUCAUCCUGCAGCAGUGCUCGGAGAUCUUCCCACCGCACUGACUGCGGAGCUGGGAUGUGCAGCGGCGACCGUGGUCUGGCCACGCAGGU